AUGGAGGUGGAGGUGAAGGUGAGGGGGGAGGUGGGGAUGGAGGUGGAGGUGGAGGUGAGGGUGAAGGGGGAGGUGGGGAUGGAGGUGGAGGUGAAGGUGUGUGUGGACAUUGACUUUGACAAUUUUGCGGAGCACAAUAACUUUCUGUUGUUCCACACCAACCCCAAAUACUACAACACUCAUUGCUUUUACAUUUUCCACCACCACCUCCCUUUCCACAUCGCGGAUAUGGAGGUGGAGGUGAAGGUGCAGGUGGAGGUGGGGAUGGAGGUGGAGGUGGAGGUGAGGGUGAAGGGGGAGGUGGGGAUGGAGGUGGAGGUGAUGGUGAAGGCGGAGGUGGGGAUGGAGGUGGAGGUGAAGGUGUGUGGAGGUGGGGAUGGAGGUGGAGGUGAAGGUGCAGGUGGAGGUGGGGAUGGAGGUGGAGGUGAAGGUGCAGGUGGAGGUGGGGAUGGAGGUGGAGGUGAAGGUGCAGGUGGAGGUGGGGAUGGAGGUGGAGGUGAAGGUGCAGGUGGAGGUGGGGAUGGAGGUGGAGGUGAAGGUGCAGGUGGAGGUGGGGAUGGAGGUGGAGGUGAAGGUGCAGGUGGAGGUGGGGAUGGAGGUGGAGGUGAAGGUGCAGGUGGAGGUGGGGAUGGAGGUGGAGGUGAAGGUGCAGGUGGAGGUGGGGAUGGAGGUGGAGGUGAAGGUGCAGGUGGAGGUGGGGAUGGAGGUGGAGGUGAAGGUGCAGGUGGAGGUGGGGAUGGAGGUGGAGGUGAAGGUGCAGGUGGAGGUGGGGAUGGAGGUGGAGGUGAAGGUGCAGGUGGAGGUGGGGAUGGAGGUGGAGGUGAAGGUGCAGGUGGAGGUGGGGAUGGAGGUGGAGGUGAAGGUGCAGGUGGAGGUGGGGAUGGAGGUGGAGGUGAAGGUGCAGGUGGAGGUGGGGAUGGAGGUGGAGGUGAAGGUGCAGGUGGAGGUGGGGAUGGAGGUGGAGGUGAAGGUGCAGGUGGAGGUGGGGAUGGAGGUGGAGGUGAAGGUGCAGGUGGAGGUGGGGAUGGAGGUGGAGGUGAAGGUGCAGGUGGAGGUGGGGAUGGAGGUGGAGGUGAAGGUGCAGGUGGAGGUGGGGAUGGAGGUGGAGGUGAAGGUGCAGGUGGAGGUGGGGAUGGAGGUGGAGGUGAAGGUGCAGGUGGAGGUGGGGAUGGAGGUGGAGGUGAAGGUGCAGGUGGAGGUGGGGAUGGAGGUGGAGGUGAAGGUGCAGGUGGAGGUGGGGAUGGAGGUGGAGGUGAAGGUGCAGGUGGAGGUGGGGAUGGAGGUGGAGGUGAAGGUGCAGGUGGAGGUGGGGAUGGAGGUGGAGGUGAAGGUGCAGGUGGAGGUGGGGAUGGAGGUGGAGGUGAAGGUGCAGGUGGAGGUGGGGAUGGAGGUGGAGGUGAAGGUGCAGGUGGAGGUGGGGAUGGAGGUGGAGGUGAAGGUGCAGGUGGAGGUGGGGAUGGAGGUGGAGGUGAAGGUGCAGGUGGAGGUGGGGAUGGAGGUGGAGGUGAAGGUGCAGGUGGAGGUGGGGAUGGAGGUGGAGGUGAAGGUGCAGGUGGAGGUGGGGAUGGAGGUGGAGGUGAAGGUGCAGGUGGAGGUGGGGAUGGAGGUGGAGGUGAAGGUGCAGGUGGAGGUGGGGAUGGAGGUGGAGGUGAAGGUGCAGGUGGAGGUGGGGAUGGAGGUGGAGGUGAAGGUGCAGGUGGAGGUGGGGAUGGAGGUGGAGGUGAAGGUGCAGGUGGAGGUGGGGAUGGAGGUGGAGGUGAAGGUGCAGGUGGAGGUGGGGAUGGAGGUGGAGGUGAAGGUGCAGGUGGAGGUGGGGAUGGAGGUGGAGGUGAAGGUGCAGGUGGAGGUGGGGAUGGAGGUGGAGGUGAAGGUGCAGGUGGAGGUGGGGAUGGAGGUGGAGGUGAAGGUGCAGGUGGAGGUGGGGAUGGAGGUGGAGGUGAAGGUGCAGGUGGAGGUGGGGAUGGAGGUGGAGGUGAAGGUGCAGGUGGAGGUGGGGAUGGAGGUGGAGGUGAAGGUGCAGGUGGAGGUGGGGAUGGAGGUGGAGGUGAAGGUGCAGGUGGAGGUGGGGAUGGAGGUGGAGGUGAAGGUGCAGGUGGAGGUGGGGAUGGAGGUGGAGGUGAAGGUGCAGGUGGAGGUGGGGAUGGAGGUGGAGGUGAAGGUGCAGGUGGAGGUGGGGAUGGAGGUGGAGGUGAAGGUGCAGGUGGAGGUGGGGAUGGAGGUGGAGGUGAAGGUGCAGGUGGAGGUGGGGAUGGAGGUGGAGGUGAAGGUGUGUGUGGACAUUGA